UUAAAAAAAAACCAUAAAAUUUAAAAUUUGACUAAAACCUAUGGAAAAAAAAAAUAAUCGUUUGGUAUCUUUCUUCUUUUAUAAUUCUAAUUUAAGCUAUCAAAUAUUUUGUGGAAAUUCUUUAAAACAGAUUCAAAAAUAAAAUGGAUAGUAUUAAUUAAAAUCGCGUUUGCAAUAGAGCCCAUUAAACGGAAUACAAAAAAUCGAAAUAUAUGCUCAUAUCCUUCCGCCGUAACACUGAAUCGCAUCGUACUAUGCUUAAGGCAUUGUAUGUUUAGGUGUAAGCGAAAUAUAUUGAUAAAGAAACUCCUAAGAAGUUCUCUAUUGCUACAAAACCAAGAGGUUAUCAUCGAAGAAUCGCUAUCAAACAAUCCCAUAGCCGCUAAUAAAAUCGUGCCCGUAAACAGCUCUUCCUUCCAAAAUAGUCGCGUUAUGUUCGCGAAAACAAACCAACUUAUAACAUUCGCUCCCGCUUAUCCCGGGAACGAUGUCGCCAAAUUCGAUCCUCCGCGCGAUUUUCAAUCAUUGCCCCCUCCUUUAAUUCCGUCGAACCUUGUCUCGCGACGAUCCCGAGACGCGGAACAAAUUAAGACGGUUACGGAAAAUUUCUUGAGAACGCUCAGCGAUCUCGAAUUGGAAAUUUUAUGGCGCGCCGUGGAAACCGGAGGUAGGACGUUAGAACAGAAGGCGAGUUUCAACAUUGUCACCACCGAUGACGAUACCGCAUCAAGCAAAUGCCGCCAUUUGCAACAAACACCCUCGAGUACCACAUGUAUUACGAGACCCAAAAAAGAUAACCCUAACUCAACCGUAAAUACUACGAUGGAUACUUGUAACUCCGCGACAUGCGAUGAUAUCCUAUCCCCAGCGGUAUUUUGUUGUCUGCAUUGGCGAUGGCCAGACUUGCUUCCGGUCGAUCAGAUAAAUAGCUUACUAAGGAAUACAAGUGACCCCCCACCGAAUUCGAAAGAUUACCGAAAACGGAUUAAACCAACCCCAUUUUGUUCUUCUGCUUCGUAUUUAUACCGUAAUUACAAUCCUAUCCCCGGCAAAGAUUCUAAUAAUUCUACGGGGGAUCUAAAUUAUUCCGAAUCACAACCAAUUUGUAUAAAUCCUUAUCACUGGAGCAGGAAAUGCUAUAUAGAUUAUCCGCCUCCGCCUUAUCCACUCUAUACCCUAACCGAUUCCUCGAAAUCCAAUAAUAAAGCGUUAAAAUUCGACAAUGCAAAUAAUGACCUACCUCAAUUAACGUCACAUAACGAAUCAACUGAAACUGGCGGAACUCUUCAGGGGGUCGGCUCCGUAGUACCUCACCCGCUUCGCCGAAAAAAAGAAAAUACUUCGGCGCUUCAUCGCCUCGACAAAUUUGCCGAUAAUAUCUCUCCACCUCCUUGGUGUUCUUUAGCCCGUUGGGAAUUCAAGCAUUUUUCCGGUCCUCAAACACUUAAUUCUGAGCCCGUCGUUUUUUUACCCUCCCACAUCGGUUCGUCACAACCAGCUGAUUCAUUAGCCCUAGCCAUAGAGCAACGAUCACGCCGAACAAACGUUUAUUUGUUCAACCAAUCAACUCACGCCAUUUUUGCCGACGUUUCGCACACCCCGGGCCAACCAAUACGCCUUCCACCCGGCCAUUGUGCGCGGAUUUAUGAUUCGCGGCUUUGCAGGGUUAGCGAUCGGACGAAAUUUACGACGCUCGAUGGUGGCAAAGAAGAUAUCGAUAAUAACAAUAUUGCUUGUCCCAAGGAUAUGAUAGAUAUCUGUAAAACUACCCGUGAAAAUAAACGUGAUGAAGGUGUCAAAGUCUACAGUGAGGAUGGGAGUCGUUAUUCGGACGAUGGCGAUGAUAGGGAGGGCACGAGGGAGCAAGAAGAAAUGGGAAAUUUUGGGAAGGUCGAUGCCGGAGACGAUGAGAUAGAUAUUUCGGCAGCGGGAAAGAUACCAAAUGCAGAUGCCGGAAAUGGGUAUACGAUUAAAGGGGAGCGGGUGGAAGUUACAGAAAAAUUAAUGCUCCCUCAACAGGAGACGCUCCGAAAUGAACAGUUUCGACCUCACGCCGUUUUACGGGUCAGUCCCAUAAAAGGAUGGGGCCCGGGUUAUUCCCGAAGAUUCAUUGAAUCCUGCCCUGUAUGGUACGAGAUUACCCUUUUCUUAUAAUUUUUAAACAAAAACGCGAUGAAUCUUUCGGGAUAAAUCAAAUAAACGCCCUUUAAACACGAUAACUAUACGCUGAUUACAGAAAACUGCUCUAACUAUAUUAUAU